UAUAUACUGAUAAACCCAUUUCAACGGAACAUUUUAUUUAGUUUGUAGUAAAGUGUCAGCAUUGAUCUCUGUUUUUCAGAUUGGGAUGACAUUAAACCAACAACAACAAAAACUUCUGACAGCGGGGACACUGUAAGAAUCAGUUGUUCAUAUCCAGACAUCCAUGAGAACAAUCAGAAAUUCCUGUGCAAGGGGGAGAAUCCUUUCAACUGUGAGGAGCUAAUACAUACAACAGAAAAUGACAGAGAUGUGGUUAAAGGCAGGUUUGAUAUAAGGGAUAAAAGGAGAAUGAAGUACUUCUAUUUGUCCAUCAAAAAUGUGAGCACAGCCGACUCUGGAACGUACUGGUGUGGCUCUGACAGGACAUGGCAGCAGGAUAAAUACAUCAAAGUCCUCCUCUCUGUAGGGCGUUUUACCCACACAGCUGAAGGACACUUCAUAUCUGGAAAAUCAGGCUUUCCAGAUCCAGAGGCAGAACCAGAAUCAGCUCCUGGAUCUAAAUCAUCUACGACAGAAGAGAGAUAUGAAUCCCCUAAUCCUCCGAAUAUAGGUAUGAUUGCCGGAGUAGUAGUGUUUUCGGUAUCGUUUCUGAUACUUGUAAUUGUACUUAUACUGUACCGACACAAACUCCCCAGGACAAAAGAGUAUUCUGCUGCACGGGGUUCAUCAGAGGACAGGACAAACACUGGACACAGCAAUGAGGGAGAUAUUAGAGAGCACCACUAUGAUGACAUACAGAUGCAGAACCAGCAAGCAGGUUUAGGAGAAGCACUGCUGUCUGUUUAUGCCACUGUCAACCUUCCCGCAGACCAGCUCCACUAUGCCAGCGUCCGUUUCCAGAAGGACACAACAGAUGGGAAUACACUUCCUGUCACCUCAGUUUGCGACUCCUCCUCUAUCAGUUGGCCUCAGGGUGCCACCCAUCCUCCAGCAGAAGAGCAGACUCUCUAUUCUACACUUACAUAUCCUGAGGAACCAUGAGACAGUCUUUCACCUAUUGAUGUUCGCUGUGCAGUUUGAGGGGAAAAUGCUGUGAAGGAUUUGCUUUUGUCUUAUGUACAUACUGCCCUUUUACACAGAAUAUGGAAAAGUGAUUCGGCAACAUUUAUGACUGUUGGACCCCACAUUUGACAUUUUGGCACUAGAGUUAGCUAGUUAGUAGUAUGGCUCUGUAUCUAAU